GACGGACAGUGUACAUCCACAAAUCAGGGCCAUAGUGGUCGUUUAAAUGCUUGUCAAAAAGCUCUCCCUACAGUCGCUCUGGCAGCUUGUUGCCAGCUAAACCAAUCGGAAUAUCGCUUACUUUUGUGUUCAACUCUGAUCACCAAUCACAUUGUCCCAUACUAGAGCUUCGAAAGUCACGUUAAGGGGCAGGACUGAAUACCAAAUACCUGCUCCUGGAGUAUAGUACACAUGCAACAGAAGCCGUUACUUAUCUGCCCUGUGUAGUGUACCUACGUAGGGGUUUGGUGUUAUUUGGGAUUCGGUCCACAUUAAGACGAGAAAAGAAGAACCAAGCUAGCUUCUUAGCUCCAUACCGUGUUGAUUUCCUUGUAGAAAUGCCUCAGAAAAACAAAUCCAAAACGUCCUGUGGAACUAUCCAAGAGCUCAGGCCUGAGAGCGGAGAGCCGCCACCGCAGCCUCAGACAGAACCGAGAGCUGCUCUUGCUUCUGGAGACCCAGCUGAGAAAGCAGAGAAUGACCUUGAGGACUUAGAGAUAAUUAAAUCACCAAGUGACCCAAAGAAAUACAGGUACAUUGAAUUGAGCAAUGGUCUGAGAGCACUGCUCAUCUCAGAUCAGGGUCAGGAAGCAUGCGUGUGUAAGUUUGAGCGGUCGGAUGAUCGUGGUGAUGACGAUGAGAGUGAGGAGGAGGAGGAAGAUGGCGGGUCUGAGGAAGACAGCGAUGAUGACAGAGAUAGUAAUGACUCAGAUGGGAAUGGUGAAGUGAGGAAAAAGAUGAAGAAGGGCACGUCAGAGAAACAGUCAGCGGCUGCUCUAUGUAUCUGUGUGGGAAGCUUCAGUGAUCCAGAGGAUCUGCCUGGUCUUGCCCAUUUCCUUGAGCACAUGGUGUUUAUGGGUAGUGAAAAGUACCCAGCUGAGAAUGGCUUUGAUGCAUUUCUAAAGAAACACGGCGGCAGUGACAAUGCUUCAACUGACUUAGAGAGGACCAUCUUCCAGUUUGAUGUUCAGAGGAAGUACUUCAAAGAGGCUCUGGAUAGGUGGGCGCAAUUCUUCAUCUGUCCUUUGAUGAUAGAAGAUGCUAUUGAAAGGGAGGUGGAAGCUGUGGACAGUGAAUACCAGUUGGCCAGGCCAUCAGACUCUCAUCGCAAAGAAAUGCUCUUUGGAAGCCUAGCAAAGCCCAACCAUCCGAUGAGCAAAUUCUGCUGGGGAAAUGCCCAAACUCUGAAGCACGAACCAAAGGAGAAGAUGAUCAAUACUUAUGAGCGUCUGCGGGAGUUCUGGAAGAGAUACUACUCUGCUCAUUACAUGACCCUCACUGUGCAGUCCCGAGAGACGCUGGACACUUUAGAGGAAUGGGUGAGGGAAAUUUUCAUCAAGGUCCCAAACAAUGGUCAGACACAUCCUGAUUUUUCCAACCUUCAGGACCCUUUUGCUACACCAGAUUUCAACAAGCUGUAUAGAGUGGUUCCUGUUAGAAAAAUCCAUGCUCUCACCAUCAGCUGGGCUUUACCUCCUCAAGGCAUACAUUACAGGGUGAAGCCUUUGCACUACAUAUCCUGGCUGGUUGGACAUGAGGGUGCUGGCAGUAUCCUCUCUGUGCUCAGGAAGAAGUGCUGGGCGUUGGCUCUGUUUGGAGGCAACAGCGAGACAGGUUUUGAUCAGAACACUACUUACUCCAUCUUCAGCAUAUCCAUCACCCUGACAGAUGAGGGCUACCAGAAUUUCUACCAGGUGGUGCAUUUGGUGUUUCAGUACAUGAAGAUGCUUCAGAAACUCAAACCCCAGCAGAGGAUUUAUGAAGAAAUUCAGAAGAUAGACGCCAAUGAGUUUCACUAUCAAGAGCAGACAGAUCCAAUUGAGUUUGUGGAGAAAAUUUGUGAGAACAUGCAGCUUUUCCCUAAAGAGGACUUUCUCUGUGGAGACCAGCUCAUGUUUGAAUACAACCCAGAGGUGAUUUCCCAUGCCUUGGCGCUGCUCACUCCUGAGAGAGCAAACCUGCUGCUGCUAUCCCCGGAGCACGAAGGACAGUGUCCACUGAAGGAGAAGUGGUUUGGCACUCAGUACAGUGUAGAAGAUAUUCCUCUGGAAUGGAGCGAGCUGUGGUCUAGAGAUUUCCCUCUGAACCCUGCCCUUCACCUCCCUGCUGAGAACAAGUUCAUAGCCACGGAUUUCACACUGAAAACAUCAGACUGUCCUGACGUCGAGUUCCCGGUCAAAAUUGUUGACAACAGCCACGGGCGACUGUGGUUUAAAAAAGACACAAAGUUUAAAAUACCGAAAGCAUAUAUCCGCUUCAACUUGCUCACACCCCUGAUCCAAGAGUCUCCUGAAAACCUGGUUCUGUUUGACCUCUUUGUGAACAUCCUGGCCCAUAACUUGGCUGAGCCGGCUUACGACGCAGAUGUGGCCCAGUUGGAGUACAAGCUGGUUCCAGGAGAUCACGGCCUGGUCAUACGGCUCAAAGGUUUCAAUCACAAACUGCCUUUGCUACUGAACCUGAUUGUAGACUACUUGGCAGACUUCACUGCAGCUCUUGACGUGUUCAGCAUGUUUGCAGAGCAGUUGAAAAAGACAUACUUCAACAUCCUCAUCAAGCCAGAGAGGCUGGGAAAAGAUGUGCGUCUGCAGAUCCUGGAGCACUCUCGAUGGUCGGUCAUCCAGAAGUACCAGGCCAUCAAUAAGAACCUCACCAUGGAUGAUCUGAUGCAGUUUGUCACCAAGUUUAAGGCACAAAUGUUUGUCGAAGGACUUGUGCAGGGCAACUUCACAAGUAAUGAGUCCAAAGAGUUCCUGCAGUAUUUUACUGAGAGGCUCCAGUUUCAGCCUCUUCCAACUGAGCCUCCUGUUCUGUUCCGUGUGGUGGAUCUGCCACAGAAGCAUCACCUGUGUAAAGUCCAGUCCCUAAACAAGGGUGAUGCCAACUCUGAGGUCACUGUUUAUUAUCAGUCUGGGAUUAAGAGCCUUAGAGAGCAUGCGCUGAUGGAGCUGCUUGUGAUGCACAUGGAGGAGCCCUGUUUUGACUUCCUAAGGACUAAAGAGACUUUGGGGUAUCAGGUGUACCCUACCUGCAGGAACACAUCCAGUAUCCUUGGCUUCUCGGUUACUGUUGAGACUCAAGCAACCAAAUUCAGCACUGACUUUGUAGAGAAUAAAAUUGAAGAGUUCUUGGUGAACUUUGGUGAGAAAAUGGCCAAUCUGUCAGAUGAGGCAUUUCAGGCACAAGUCACUGCUCUGAUCAAGCUGAAGGAGUGUGAGGAUACACACCUCGGCGAAGAGGUGGACAGGAACUGGUUCGAGGUGGUCACCCAGCAGUACGUGUUUGACCGACUUAGCAAAGAGAUUACGGCUCUGAAGGAGAUGACCAAAGCAGAUCUGCUGUCUUGGUAUAUGGAGCACAGACGUGCAGACAGCAAGAAGCUCAGUGUACACGUGGUUGGCUUUGGGCAGGAGGAGAAAGACCGUGGAGACAACCAGACCUCCUUCGACCCACUGCAGAAGAGUGAAGACAAUACAGACAAGUGUUCCUCCUAUGGAGAGGUGUCCAAGCUCACCUUCCUGCCAGCCUCACCAGUCCUUGCUGGAGCCUCCAUGAUUACCGACAUCCGUGCUUUCACCUCCUCCCUUACACUCCAUCCCUACCACAAAAUCCUCGGCUAAUUUAGAACUUCAUCCCAAUGGAACUCAGGAAUAGCUGUGCAGAUAUGCUUGCUUGAGGAGCUACCUCAGAUUUGAAGAACUGUGCAAGAACUCUUUUUUUGCAUUAGUGAUGCAAUGCAAUGAGGUUUCAUAUCAGUAUGUACUCAUGACAAAAGAAAAAAGGUGACUGAAAAGGUGAGCAAAAGAAAUGCAGACUUCUCAUCAGCUGCUUUGAAAGAAAAUCUACUUACUGCAGAAAUUUAUCAUAACAUUGUCAGAAUUAACCAAAUCUAAGGAAGACUAUGCUAGAGGUGGAAGAUGUGAAUCCAGAGAUGUUUACUUUCCGCAGUAUGUUUUAACUUGAUUUCUGUCUUUGUGAGAGAAACAAGGUUUUGAAGAUGUCAUUGUAGGUUAUGUGAUACAGAAUGUGAUGUAGGAUUGCAAUGCAAGGCUUAUCUGUACUGAGUGCUGUAGCGUAUACAGAGUAUAGCAUGUUUUAUCAUCUGUCUUUUCAUCAAAUGUAUAUAUGUAAUAAAUGUGUCUGGGAACAA